UGCAAGCUGUGAUCCGGUUGAUCGUGGACGGUAUAAAGAUGUUUUGAAACUCUUUUUUUGCUCUUCAGACAACAUGUUAGCGGAGCUCGACGAGUUAGAUUCUAACUCAGGCUGGGUGCCGUUUUUCCAAAAGAUAAAUUGGAUUGCCAAAGGAAAUGCUGGCUCACAGAAGAUUGCUAAACUACCAGAAAAUCGUCAACUGAACAGAUAUCGCGAUGUCUUGCCAUAUGAUCAUAGCAGAAUAAUUUUGAAUGCAGAGGACGGUGGUACAGACUACAUAAAUGCAAAUUUAGUUGAGGUGCCAUCAUUAGGCAGAAGAUACAUUCUAUGCCAAGGACCAUUAAAACACACCUCAGCUCACUUUUGGCAAAUGGUGUGGGAGCAGAACACAAAAGCUGUUAUCAUGUUAAAUAGAGUUAUUGAAAAAAAUCAGAUCAAGUGCUAUCAGUACUGGCCAUGCGGGGAGGCUGUUGGUCAUACUAACGUCUUAGAAUUUGGAAACUAUAGGAUAACAUACAUUGAUGAAAAUAUGAGUGAAUUUUUUACCGUCAAGACCCUAGAACUGUAUAAUAUAAAGAAAGAUGAAAAGCGAACAAUAUAUCAUUUUCAUUACCUCCACUGGCCUGACUUUGGAGUUCCCAGUUCUCCUGCUACUUUCCUGUCAUUUCUGUUUGAAGCGCGCAACACAGGUGUCUUGUCAAAUGAUGUAGGACCAGCUGUUAUUCACUGCAGUGCUGGUAUUGGGAGAUCUGGUACUUAUGUAAUGGUGGACUGUAUAUUAAAAGAGGUUGAGAAGACGAAAGAUCUAAAUGGUGUUGAUAUAAAGAAGACAUUACUAGAGAUCCGUACAUACAGACUAGGGCUGAUUCAAACCCCUGAUCAGUUACGAUUUACAUAUGCSGCCAUUCUUGAGGGCACUCACCAGUUGUUCCCUGAGGUGUAUGAAGAGGCUUUGGACAAGUUCAUGGAAAUGAGAGGUGAUAAUGUUGAAGAAGAAGAAGAAGAAGAACCCCCACCCCUCCCCCCACCUCGCAAACGGCCAGAGCCWCAACCUAAUGACACCACUGAUAUAGAGAAAAAGAGAAGAAGAAGUCUUCCUGAAACUCCUUCUGAGACCAACCCACUUGUAGACGCAACCAGCCAAGCAACACUCUCUUCUGAUGAAAGUGAUGGUGAAGAUGAAAUCAUCAAUCUAUCAGAGUCUUCGUUAUCUGAAGACGAGGACGAGACAAAUGCAAACAGAGUUGUCGAAGACACAAAUAUUAAAGACGAUACGUCAAGGAACGUAAAACAAAUAUCUGAGGAUUCUGGUACAGGAAGUAUAGAGCUUAGUGGUAGGAUUUCAGAGGAAACRUCAAAAUCAGAGGARAGCCAAGACGUGGAAAGUGAAAAGACUCUUGAAGAACCUGAGAAAGUGGAAAGCAAAGUGACUGUUGAUGACUCCAUUGUAUCAUCAAAAUCAGAAAUAUUAUUAGAAGAUAAAAGUCCUUCAGCCGAUGAUGUCAGUCCUGCUACUUAUGACGAAGGAAAAAGUACAAGUAAGGAAAGCAACAUGGGACUCAGACAACGGCAAGUCGGUCAAGAGAAAGAAGAUGAAGCAACCAAACUUGAUAAGGAAAGUAGUGAAAAAGAGACGGUACACGAAGAAUCCUCUUCAUGGAUCCGCACGAUCGUCAAAAGGUCCUUGAUAGUAAUAGCAAUAUGUUCAAUAGCGUACUUAGCUUAUCGUUAUUUUAGACACACUGGAAAGGUCCCGAGACCAAAGAGAGGACGCCGACUUUGAUACAGUUUGUUAGUUGUUUGUAGUUUGUUACUUUUUAGUGAAGAUUAUUUUUGUACGAAAAUGUAAAAAAAAGCUGAAGUUCUCUGCAACAUUUUUGAAUGAAUGCGUACCUUUGUGUUGAUGCAAGACUACUGAUGACCUUGCAAUAUCUGGGAGGAUUGUAAAAUCAUAUAAAAACGUGCCUAUCAAGCUCGGACACUAGCCGUCUUACUUCAGUGCAAAGUARCAGCUACCUUGGAAUGUUGUCAAGGGAACUAUUAUACAAUAAUUUUAGAUACAGUGUUGAUUGUUAUUGUUUGAAAAUUGUACAAAGAAAUUCUUUGUUUGUACUAAGUUAAUCCAAUGUACACAAGUACAUAGAGAAGUGGAUCUAUUCGGGGUGAGAAAUGAGUGACCUUGACCCUCUUGAUUACUGUGACAUUUUUGUUGAUGUUUUUGAUAUGUGGAGGCAUACAAAUUGGAAAGAAAUCAAAUCAGCAAUUAAUUUUAGUGAUUCAGUUGAGCUCCUUGACAAAGUUUACCCCUGUAUGACCUGUUUUGAAAAUACCAAAUCAGACAAAUCAAUCUUGUAUGGCCUUAAAUAUUUUGAAAUGAUUUUGUUUUUACUGUCACUAAUGUCAAAAUACAGGCAGAAGAAAACCUCCUAGGGCAUCAUACAAGGCUAUGUGACAGUCAAUUUUUCAAGCGAUUUCUUUGAAUGAAUAUUUAAAAUAAUUAUUAUAUUAUGAUUUUCUAUUUUGGUGAUACAUGUGGUUUCAAAAUGAUAACAAUGGCAUAAAUUGUGGACCAUGUUUCAGGGGGAGGGUUGACCAGGUGAGAUUAGCCACAAAUCAGGAAGUGCGAUUAUUCACUUGAUGCUCACAGAUUGGUGGCCAGGUUUGUGGUAUGCACAGCCAAUACUGUUCAAGAGWGUCAGUGAGUGAAUCUUCAUUGACAUAGAGUGCAAGUCACAUAACCACGAAACAAUUCUUAACUAUGUAGUGCCAAAUAAGAUUUAGCUAUCAACUAACUAAGAAUUGAGAACAAUGCUACAAAGGAAUUUAAAUAAUUGGUAUUGUGUUUAUGCUUUGUUGAAUUCUUAGUUGAUAACUAAAUCUUAUUUAGCAAUACAUAUUAAGAAUUGUUUCAUGCUUAUGUGGCCUGCACUCUACUAACAGUAAAACUGUUUUUCAGUGAGAACAAAAGCUUUCAGUCUAUCAUUGUAUCCUUGCCAGUUCAAGUUGUUCUUUGAUACAAAAGUAUGAUUACAUAUCAAGAUGAAAUAUAGGGAAACAAGCUUGAAGUGGUUAUAUUAUUCUGAAACCUUACAUGUAUGUCAUCAAUUAUAAUCAUAUAAAUAAUUAUACAGUUAUAAAAUAUGGGUAGACCAUUUGUAGAUAUACACUGUAUUCUAUAGAGAAWUAAUUGUUUCUGUCAUACAGAAAUAUCCAGGUUACCUUGCCCAUUAACCCUUUUUUUGGUUUUAAUAUUGUGAUAUUUUUUAUAAUUAUGUGUUGUAUUAUAACAUGCUGUUACUGACUGGAGGAGACUUUUAUUGGCCAAUAAAUGUCUUCCUUGGAAAUUU